AUGACUUCAUCGUCGGCGAUACGACAUUUCACCCUCACGUUUGAUCGACAGAUGCAUUCCUUUCGAUCGAUGCGAAUUUUGCAGAGUAGGAGGUCUUUUGUUUCUUCUUCUAUAUCUUCUUCUGAUAAUGGAACAACAAGUGAGAACGUAAACGCGAAUCGAAAAGCGCAAACGCUCCGACUCCAACGGUUUUACGUCAGACCGGAAACGUUCGAAACAUCGAACUUCUCUUUGUCUAAAGAAGAUUCCAGGCACGCGUUGAAAUCGCUGAGAUUACGAGUAGACGAUGCGAUCGAAGUGUGCGAUGGGCAAGGCCGGGUGAAACGCGCGCAAUUGGUCGAUAUCGAUUCGAGAAGGACGGAUGCAACGUUUGAAAUGAUGAGCUCAAAGGAGGAAAAUUUUCAUCCGUUUCCGGGACGUGUGAAAUGGGACGUGGUGUGCGCGUGCGCUGGGAUUAAAGGCGAACGGUCGAGCGUUUUGGUUGAAAAGUUGACAGAGUUGAACGGAAGAGCGUUGGUGCCUUUACUGACCAGUCGGAGCGGGAAGAUUGGCUCGGCGUCGGCGAGCGGGAAGAACGCGAGUAAAGGCGGGAGUAGUAGCGAUAAUAGUAUUGGUCGGAGUAAACGACGGAAGAACGAGGAAGAGGAGGAUGAAGAGACCGGGAAGAAAUUGAGGUGGCAACGCGUUGCUUUGGCAGCAUCGAAACAGUCGCUGAGAGCGCACGUGUUUGGGAUCGAGAAACCGGUGAAUUUUAACGAUUUCGUGAGCUCGACAUAUUUUCGAGAGGCGACGUGUCGAUUCGUGGCGGCGGCGGGAGGAGCGGAUUUCGCCGAAAAGUUAAGAGGCGUGAAAGAAAAUGUUUUGAAAGAUGACGACGAGAUCACGAAAGAACGAUACGGUCUGAUAAUUAUUGGACCCGAAGGUGAUUUUGACGACGACGAGAUGAAAGUAUUGAUGGACACGUGCGAAACGAUUUCGUUAGGCGAUUUGCGUUUACGAACAGAAACCGCGGCGAUAGCGAGCCUCUCGAUCGCGCAGAUGAUUACGAACGUAUGA